AUGCAGCUCUCUUACGCCGCCGUUGUCGCCAUCCUCUCCUACACUGCUGUUGCCAGCCCUCUGACUCGCAACGUCUCGGACUCUUGCGAGAAGCAGUACGAGCAAUGUGUCACUGCUCCUGACGCCAACAUCUCCACCUGCGUCUCCCGCCAGGCUACCUGCGACAGCGCCUGCCAGGCUGGCUACGAUAGCUGCCGCGGUGGUGACAACGCCAACCUGUCUACCUGCGUUGCCACCUUCGCUUCUUGCACUGGCCACCUCCCCACCAAGCGCAACGUCCCCGACUCUUGCGAGGUCCAGUACGGCCAGUGUGUCACCGCCCCUGACGCCAACAUCUCUACUUGCGUCUCCCGCCAGGACACUUGCGACAGCGCUUGCCAGGCUUCCUACGACAGCUGCCGUGCUGCUCCUGGCGCCAACCUGUCCACCUGCGUCUCCAACUACUCGACCUGCAGUGGCCACAUGCCCACCAAGCGCAACGUCCCUGACUCUUGCGAGAAGCAGUACGGCCAGUGUGUCACUGCCCCUGACGCCAACAUCUCUACCUGCGUCUCCAACCAGGCCACUUGCGACAGCAGCUGCCAGGCAGCUUACGAUAGCUGCCGCGUUGCCCCUGGCGCCAAUCUCUCUACCUGCGUUGCUACCUACUCCUCCUGCACCGGCCACCUCCCCAACUAA